UUCUCUCUCUCUCUCUCUCUCUACAGCAAGACUCAGAAAUGGCGACCGCCUCCGCCGCCCUCCUCCGCCUCUCCCUGCUCCGCCGCCCGCCGGCCCCAAACGCCCCGUCGAAGCCCCGCCACCUCCCGCCCUCCUCCCUCACCCCCUCCCUCCCCCCUUCCCUCAGCCUCGAGCCCCGCCGCCAACGCCCCCCCAGACCCGCCGCCGCCGCCGCCCGCAUGUCCUACAGCCCGACUCCGGCCACCGACCGCCUCAUCUCCGCCGCGGCCUACACCCUCCCCUUCUUCAACUCCCUCCAGUACGGCCGCUUCCUCUUCCUCAAGUACCCCUCCCUCUCCUUCCUCUUCGACCCGCUCCUCCCCCUCCUCUCCCUCUACAAGUCCGUCCCCUACGCCUCCUUCGUCGCCUUCUUCGCCCUCUACCUCGGCGUCGUCCGCAACCCUUCCUUCAGCCACUACGUCCGCUUCAACGCCAUGCAGGCCGUCACCCUCGACGUCCUCCUCGUCCUCCCCCUCCUCCUCCAGCGGAUCUUCAACCCGGGCCGGGCCGGACUCGGGUUCCGGGUCAUGGUCUGGGGCCACAACGUGGUGUUCGUGUUCAGCGCCCUCUGCUUCCUCUACAGCCUCGCUUCCUCCAUUCUGGGUCGGACCCCUUACUUGCCCUUCGUCGCCGACGCCGCCGGGAGGCAGCUCUAGUGGAACUGACGAGUGCUGCGGUGGAAGUUUUUGGUAGGCCCAUUUGAAUGAGUCUAGUGCUUAGCUGUUCCUUGUUUGCUUGCUCUGCUUUUGCGGGUCUUUCAAUGACAUGUACUUUAGCUGCUGAAUGAGGUUCUGGUGGUUGUAAUCGCAUUGGCGUUUGGCAGUUGCAUUUCUCUGGUAAAGCAGAUGCGUCAAAGUUUUCUCUUCUGUCAUUGUUUUUUGCUGACAUGAUUGAAUACCCUGUCAUGUAUAUUGGAUUCCGAUUCUCACCGGGUUCUCAUAUCAAGCUCGAUUCGAGUUUACUGUUAUCAAAA